AUGGAACCAUUUAUCAUAGGUGGUGAUUAUACUGAUAUAAGGCAGUAUCCUCAUGCUGUUUUCCUUCUAAUUGAUUGUGUACAAAUGGUCAUUUGUGGUGGAUCUAUAGUGACAAACAGGGUUGUAUUGACGGCAGCACACUGUUUAUUUGAAUGUAAGAUGAAGAGGAAUAAAAUAAUUGUAAAAUAUGGCCAUCAAAUACUGGAUUGUAUGAAGUCGCAAGACUCAAACAAAUAUAUCAUUCAUGAUUCGUAUAACGAUAUGAAUUUGCACUAUGAUAUAGCUUUGAAUCAUCUAGUUACUACAUUGGAUCUUGGUGAUUUUGUAAAACGGGUGGCAAUAUUAAAGAAGUUUCCAAAAAAUCUGGCAUAUGCUUACGUUUCAGGCUGGGGGGUGAUUAAUUCAAAUUUAGAUACCGCAACAACUUUAAGGCAUGUUUAUCAAAAAAUUCUACCACAAAAUGAAUGUAAGAUGCUAGGUUCCUGGCCGGAAGGAGUACUUUGUACUGGUUCUGCGAACGCGGCUGAAUAUCCGGAACAGGGAGAUUCUGGUAGCGCCCUCAUGGCAUCGAAAUACAUUCAAAUCGGCAUCGUUACUUUUAAGCAUCCGAAUUUGGGUUAUGUAGGCUACACGAACACAACUUACUUUUAUAAAUGGAUAGUUCGUACUACGAAAAAACUAACAUGUGGAAGU